CUUCAACCUUCGACCACCACAUCACUCACAUCACGACUUCAACAGCUCUCGGUGAUUCUCCGAUACUUACCUUGGCUUUUGUCUUAUAUCUGCGCAUCACAUGUCCUGAUCACCGCAGCUAUGCCUUGAUUCAGUGUGGUACACCGCGCCUCGGCUGAAUUGCGCGCGGGAAAUCCUGGAGCAAUCAAAGCUAACAACAUGUUCGGCAUAUCGUUGCUGCCAUUCCCCGCAACAUCACCGUCGAUGAUCUCCACAAUUUCUCCGGAGCCAGAAUUCCCCGCAAAUAACUGCUCGUGGAGUUGAGCGGAAACGGAGAUUCCAUGUGUGCUUCUGGUAAGCGUCAGGAACGGGCAGGUAGGUGACGUGAUAUUGGUCGUGAGGCUCGUGUUUCCUGGUAGAUGGAUUUUCUUUAUAUGAUGGGCUGAGCGCCGAUCAAACACUUUUUUUUCCAGCAUCUCAGUUCAAUCGUCAAGAUGAGGCUCUCUACCUUCCUCCUCUCCUCGCUGCUUUCCCUGACCGUCUCGGCUGCCCCCCAGGGCUCGUCGAAGGUCCCUGAGUUCUUCUCUCAGCGCGUUGUCUUCACACCCCCGUCGAACUAUACCGACCCUCGCACUCUGUACGCUCGUACUGCUCAGUUCGAGAACGGCAACCUUCUCGCGACAUGGGAGAACUACAGCCCUGAGGGUAGCGACCCCAAGUCCAAGGUCUACUUCCCCAUUUACAAGUCGACCGACGGCGGAUACAACUGGAAGGAGAUCUCGCGCGUUUACGACCAGGCGCAGCCUCAGAACGGUCUCCGCUACCAGCCAUUCCUCUACAUCCUUCCCAAGAAGUUUGGUCAAUGGCCUGCUGGUACCGUUCUGCUUUCCGGAAGCUCUAUCCCCACCGAUCUCUCUACCACCCAGAUUGAGCUGUACGCUUCUACCGACAAGGGUGUGACAUGGAAGUUCGUCUCGCACAUCGCUGCUGGUGGCGAGGCCAUCCCUAAUAACGGCCUCACUCCCGUCUGGGAGCCCUUUCUCAUGCUCCACCAGAACAAGCUCAUCUGCUACUACUCAGACCAGCGUGACAACGCCACCUACGGCCAGAAGAUGGUUCACCAGACCACCACCGACGGCAAGAACUGGGGCCCUGUUGUCAACGAUAUCCGUCACUCCAGGUACACCGACCGCCCCGGCAUGCCGACCGUCACCCUCCUGCCCAAUGGCAAGUACCUCAUGACCUAUGAGUACGGCGGCGGCCCUACCAACAGCUCGAGUUACAAGUUCCCCCUCUUCUACCGUCUCUCUACCGACCCUGAGAAGUUCGACUCCGCUGAGGACCACCAGCUCAUCACCACCGACGGUACCAUCCCCGAAGGCUCUCCCUACAAUGUCUGGACCCCCAUUGGCGGCAAGAACGGCACCAUCAUUGUCAGCUCCGGCACCAGUGGUGACAUCUACAUCAACAGGGGUCUUGGAGAGGCAGGCACACCUUGGAUUAGGGUUCCCACUCCUGAAAAGCAGCACUACACUCGCCACCUGCGCGUGCUGAAGGACCCUAAGAAGCUGCUCAUUAUGGGUGGCGGUGUUCUUCCUCCUAGCACUACCAACAAGGUGCAACUGUCUGUAAUUGACAUCACCCAGUUCCCCAAGGCUUAGGUAGAAUGUUGUAGAUAGUUAUACCAAUGU